UUUCCCCCCUCCUAAUGCAAUUUAUCACAUUCGGCUUGGGUAUAAAUUGUGCAGCCUUUCGGCUCUCAAAUCAGUUUUCACUUAACAAACUAUCAGCUCGCAAGUGCUUACAACCAUAAACCCAACAACAUGGCUUACCUCGAAGUUUGCCUGGCCCUAUUGGGCCUCGCUCUGCUCGUCUACAAGUGGUCCAUUGCCACCUUCCGAACUUUUGAGAACCGUAACCUGCCCUACGAGAAGCCCUGCCCGUUCUUCGGGAACGUGGCUGCCUCUGCCCUCCAGCGAAUCUCAUUGAAUAAGCAGCUCACCGAAUUCUACCUACGCACGCGCCACCACAAGGUCGUGGGCUUCUUUAACCUCCGCAAGGUCUACGUGCAGCUCAACGAUCCGGAGUUGAUCAAGAAGGUCUGCGUGAAGGACUUUGAUCACUUUCCAAACCACCACUUCAUCCUCUCCACCAACGAGCGUCUCCUGAACGACAUGAUCAAUGUGAUGAAGGAUCAGCGCUGGAAGCGCAUGCGGAACACCUUGACCCCGGUUUUCACGGCGGCCAAGAUGCGUAACAUGUUCACCCUGAUGAACGAAAGCUUCGCAGAGUGUCUGCUGCACUUGCACACGUUCGAUAAACAGGACUUUGAGGUGGAUGUAAAGCUUCUGUUUAACAAGCUCUCCAGCGAUGUGAUUGCCACAACGGCGUUCGGCCUAAAGGUCAACUCGUUCGAGGACCCAAAAAAUGAGUUCUACUCCGUAGGUCAGGAGCUCAUCUUCUCCACGGGAAUUCAGUUCUUCAAGUUUACGCUAUCUGCCCUCAUGCCCAAGGUUUUCACGCUCUUUAACAUGAAGAUAUUUGACGGCAAGAAGGUGGACUACUUUGUGAGCCUAGUGGUGGAUGCCAUGAAGCUGCGAGAGCAGCAAAACAUCACCCGUCCAGAUAUGAUCCAGUUGAUGAUGGAGGCCAAGAAGGAAUCUGAAAAUAAGUGGACGGACGACGAGAUCGUAGCCCAAUGCUUCAUAUUCUUCUUCGCCGCCUUCGACAACAACUCCAACCUGAUAUGCAUCACGGCCUACGAAUUGCUUAAGAAUCCCGCCAUUCAGCAGCGCCUCUACGAGGAGAUCCUGGAGACAAGGGAGACCCUGAAGGGUGAAUCAUUGACCUACGACGCUGUGCAGAAGAUGCCCUACAUGGACAUGGUCGUCUCCGAGGUGCUGCGCAAGUGGACCCUGGCCCCCUCCACGGAUCGUGUCUGUUCUAAAGACUACACCCUUACCGAUAACGAUGGCACAAAGCUCUACGACUUCAAGGUGGGUGACCGCGUGACCAUUCCCAUAGCUGGUCUUCAUGGCGAUGACCGCUACUUCCCCGAACCCAAAAAGUUUGAUCCGGAGCGCUUCAGCGAGGAGCGGAAGGGUGACCUCGUGCCAUAUACUUACUUACCCUUUGGCGUGGGGCCUCGAAGCUGUAUAGCCAGCCGUUUUGCUCACAUGCAGGCUAAGGGUAUGUUGUACCACCUGCUGCUUAACUUUAAGGUGGAAGGUACCCCGAAGACACCCAAGGACAUGUUGGAGGAGGCACGGAGCUUCUCCCUGACUCCUAGAAGCGGACUUUACAUGCGAUUGGUGCCACGCGAGUGAGCCAAUCUCAUUAACGAAAAGACUGAAAUUGUGAUACCUGAUACUUUAUGGAUCUUUUGAUUAUGGAACGCGAAUAUG